ACCGCCGAGCAACGGAUUGCGGCGGCCAUCGAUGCCCUCGGCUUGCCCUGCCGCCCCGGCGCCGAGCGCAUCCCGGUACCGAGCACAUCCCGGUGCCGGGCACAUCCCGGUGCCGGGCACAUCCCGGUGCCCGGCACAUCCCGGUGCCGGUGGCGCUUCCCCGGUCCUGGCCGGGGGAUGUAGGAGGACGCGCGGCCGAAGGCACCCGGGCAGCGCCGCCGCUUGUCGCCUGCAAGGGCGGGCGCAGCCGCCGGCGCGGCCGUGUGGCUGCACGGGAGACCGGGAAGGGGCACGGCUUCUCCCCGCCCGCCGCCGGGCCCGCCCGGCUCUCCGUGCCUUUGGCGUGUGCCUGCCCGUGCCGCGGGGCCAUGGAGCGCGUGUUCACGCCGCUGGAAUGCCUCCUGCCCGCCGGGAACCUGAAGUUUUGCCUUCUGAUUCUGAACCAGCCUUUCAACAAAGGUCAUUUCCAUUGUCUCUGGAGCAGAGCUGCCCUGAGAGCUUGUGCUGAUGGAGGUGCCAAUCAUCUCUACCACAUCACAGAAGGGAGCCAGGAAAGCUUCUUACCUGAUUACAUCAGUGGUGAUUUUGAUUCCAUUCAGCCUGAAGUCAAAGAGUACUACAAGGUCAAGGGCUGUGAGUUAAUUGAGACCAUGGAUCAGGACCUCACAGAUUUCACCAAGUGCCUUCAAAUACUCCAGAAAAAGAUAGAGAAGAAGGGCCUCCAGGUCGAUGUGAUUGUGGCUUUGGGUGGACUUGGAGGACGCUUUGACCAAACAAUGGCAUCGGUGGAAACACUUUUUCUUGCAACAAAUAUCACUCCUUCUCCCGUGAUAAUUAUCCAGGAGUGCUCACUGAUUUACCUGCUUCAACCUGGCAAGCACCAGCUGCAUGUGGACACAGGACUGGAGGGCUCCUGGUGUGGCCUCAUCCCCAUCGGGAACCCCUGCGAGAGUGUGACCACGACAGGCCUUAAGUGGAACCUCAAUGCAAAGGAAAUGGUAGUCCUGCUUCCUUACACAUCGAAUGCUGCCAGGCUGUUGUCUGUGUUAACCUUUGUGGAGCACCCCAAUGUGAUCGUUACCCUAGCGCCACGACACAGAUGUCAGAGAGAGCUGAAAAGGGAUAAAUUGGAGGUGCCAUGCAAAACAGCUCAGCUAAAGACAUUUUUCUCCUGCCCUGAAGAAAAGCUAACCAGGUGCUGAAGUUUGGAACGCUCGUCAGUACUUCCAACACCUAUGACAACUCCGGGAUUGUGACCAUUGAGACGGACAAACCCUUGCUGUGGACAAUGGCUAUCAAGAGAUAAGCUCAGCUACAGAUGCCAUUUCUGAUCUGACACAACUCGAAUUACUACAAAAUUUUACUGAAUUAAGACAGUAAAGCUGCUACAAGAUAUAAGCAGGCACUGAUUUUCUGUAUUGAAUGCAAAAAAAGUCUAAUAUAAAAGUCACUUGAGAUUGAAUAAAAAUUACUU